UGGUACGACAUUGUACCAUUGGCGGUCGGCGGUGCGCGGACAAAAACAAAAACGUCGUCGUCAUUGCCGCCCUACGACGACGAACGAGACCCAAACCGAAAACGAAGACAGUGCGCGGUUUUAAUCGUAUUAAAAAAUUAAACACAUUACACGUUAUCGUGCGGCGCACGCACCGCGCGCAUGUGUAACCAUGUACGCCGAAGAUAAGCCGUCCUAACGUUAUAUAUUCCAUUGCCGACCGUUACGCCACCGCCGUGUUAAUAUCGGUUAAACCGUCGUGGCUCGACCGCGAUAACGAGCGCACAACGCCGCGUGUAACGAGCGUUUCAAGCAGCCACGUUCCGGACAGUAUUGCACACGGUCGUGACGAUGAGCGUACACGAGGUCGGCCGGCCGUCCGUCCGAUGACGACGACGACCGAAUCGAAUGAUAUAAUAAUAAUAAUAAUUGUUUCGUAAAAGCCGUCGCCGCCGCCGCCGAAAACUUUACCGACCGGCCAGCCAGCAGCAACCAUGGUUCUGUGUUUUGGUUGCUGUUCUCGUAGAGACUAUUCACCAAUAGAUGAUGGAUUGCCAUCUCAUCACAUUAACAAUUUAGAUGUAGAAUACAUUGACAUAAAAUGUGGAUAUUCUUAUAACCUAACGAAAAAAAUAAUAUUUAAUAUAAUUGCAAUAUGCAUGGUCGGUGUGCCAUAUUUGGCCAUUCAUUGGUCAGUCAAAUUAAAAUUGUAUCUACUUAUGACUCCUAGUCCAUUAUCAACUUCCGAUAUUGUUCUCGUUACAGACGCGAAUAAUAGCGAUGCCAUAUACGAUGUUAACAUUUCAAUAAUAAAAGACUCAAACGGAGAAAGGAAAACUGUAAGAUAUUUUAAACAUCAAUUAUUAAAAUAUAUAUGGGAUGAAAAUGAAAAUGUAUUCAAAUUUCUACAAGGUCUUGAUAAUGGAACAACUACACUAUCAAAUUUGUUAGAAAAAUGUCAUGGUCUCACAUCUGAUGAAUAUACAAGCCAAUUAGAACUUUUUGGUAAGAAUGAAGUAAUUGUGGAAGUACAUUCUUACUGGAAAUUAUUUUUUGCUGAAGUGUUGAAUCCAUUCUACGUCUUUCAAAUAUUUAGCAUAUGUCUAUGGUUUUUUGAUGACUAUGAAUACUAUGGUUUAUGCGUAUUAGUUAGUUCAGCAUUUUCUAUUGGGACUUCAUUAUAUCAACUAAAAGCGCAAAGUCGAUCACUUAAAGAAACUGUAGAUACUUAUAAUAAUGACAUUUACACUGUCCUAAGAAGAAAUGAGGGAAAUGUUCAAGUCAAAGCUCAAUACUUAGUACCUGGAGAUGUAAUUAUAAUACCACCAGGUGGUUGCAAUAUUGCUUGUGAUGCUUUAUUGUUAUCUGGUAAUUGUAUUGUCGACGAAAGUCUUUUAACAGGAGAAAGUGAGCCAAUAACAAAAAGUCCUCCUUCAUCUAUUGAAGAAUUUUGCUAUAGUAGUUCUUCACAUAAACAUCACACAUUGUAUUGUGGAACCAGGAUUUUACAAUCAAGAUUUUAUGCUGGAGCUCAAGUGUUGGCUCUAGUGGUUAGGACUGGAAGUUCUACAGCUAAAGGAAAUUUAAUACGUUCAAUUAUGUUUCCAAAAGAUAUGGAUUUCGAAUUCUAUUUGGACUCCAUAAAAUUUGUUAUAAUCAUGUUUAUUGUUGCUACAAUUGGAAUGCUUUACUGUGCCUACUUGUAUGUUAUAAGAGAUGCGUCUGUAGAGUACAUUAUCAUAAGAAGUUUGGACAUUUACACUGUGGUCGUUCCCCCUGCAUUACCAGCUGCUAUGACAAUUGGUAUUGUGCAUUCUAUGAAACGUCUAAAACGCCUUAAAAUCUAUUGCACAUGUCAGAGCCGUAUUAAUGUUGCUGGUAAAAUAAAGCUGGUUUGUUUUGAUAAGACUGGCACAUUAACUGAAGACGGAUUGCACUUUUUUGGUCUAUUACCUUAUGAUGGUCUACAGUUUGUUACAAAUAUAUAUGAAAAUUUAGUGAAAGAUUUAUCUCAAAUAGAUGUUAGGUCACCAAUAAUUGCUACAAUGGCAUCUUGUCAUUCAUUAACUCACAUACACGGAUCACUAGCCGGAGAUCCAUUAGAUUUGAGCAUGUUUAAUGCAACUGAUUGGGAAUUAGAAGAGUCCGGAGCAGAUAAUUCAAGAUUUGAUAACUUAUUACCUUCCAUAGUAAGACCGUCUAAAAAAUUAUACUCGGGUGAAGCACCAAUUGAAAUUGGUAUUGUACAUCAAUUUCCCUUUAAUUCAAAAACACAAAGUAUGUGUGUUAUUGGUCAAGUAUUUGGUACUCGGCGUUACACAGCAUACUGUAAAGGUGCUCCAGAAAAAAUUAUCCAAAGCUGUUUAAAAGAAACAAUUCCUACAAAUAUUUUGUCUGUUUUGGAAGAAUUUGGUUCAUCUGGGUAUCGAGUAUUAGCAUUGGCAUACAAAGAUUUGCCAAAAAAAGUUAAUUGGAAAUCAUUAUACCAUCUUAAAUUAGAAAAUGUUCAAAGUAAUUUAAUUUUUUUGGGAUUUCUUGUUAUGCAAAAUAAACUUAAACCACAAUCUUCUAAUGUAAUUCAACAAUUGAGAACAGCAAACAUAAAAUGUGUUAUGGUUACCGGGGAUAACUUAUAUACUGGAUUAAGUGUAGCAAGAGAGUGUUCUAUGAUCCCAACUAAUAUCAAUAUUGCAGUACUAACAGCAACACCUAGUACUGAACUGAAUAAAGCAGAAAUCAAACUUGAGCCUACUUUAGGACAUUGCUUGGAUAUACAAGAUGAAAAGGUAUAUUAUGCAAUUGAUGGGAGAUCAUGGUCUGUUUUGGAAACGGAUUUUCCAAAUUGGUUACCUUAUAUUGUCUCUAAAGGUCUUGUAUUUGGACGAAUGUUGCCAGAGCAAAAAGUGAAACUUGUGGAGUACUUUCAAAGUAUGGGCUACGUGACAGCUAUGUGUGGGGAUGGAGCAAAUGAUGCUGGGGCAUUAAAAGUUGCUCAUGUUGGCAUAUCACUUUCACAAGCUGAAGCUUCUAUAGCAGCACCAUUUACUUCUCAAAUAACAAAUGUCUCAUGCGUUACUAAAGUAAUACGAGAAGGACGAUGUGCUUUGGUGACUAGUUUUGGAAUAUUUAAAUAUAUGACAUGCUACAGUUUAAUACAAUUCAUUACAUUAGUUUUACUUUACAGCAAAGGUAUUAUGUUGGGAAAUUUCCAAUUUUUAUACUUUGAUUUUAUUCUUACUACAUCUUUGGCUAUUGUAAUGGGUGAUAUCGAACCUACUGACACAGUUCAUCCUCACCGUCCUUUGUCUAAAAUUCUGACUCCAAAAAACUUAAUACCACUUUUUUUACAAUUGUUGGUUUGUGCUUUGAUACAAAUAGGGUCAUUAUAUUAUCUAGAAAUACAAGAUUGGUUUGUGCCUACAAGCCCUGCAUGGUCAGACAAUGACGUCAUUUCAUGUUGGGAAAAUACUACAUUGUUUUUAACCAGUUCAUAUCAGUACAUUAUUUUAGCAUUUGUAUUGAACAAGGGGUAUCCUCAUCGAAAACCGUUUUACAAAAAUUUAUCUUUCACAAUUGUCAUUGUAUUAUUGACAUUAUUUACGCUGAUGUUGCAAACCACUAGAUACUCUACGUUCACAGACAUUUUCGACAUGGUCAAUCUAAAAAAUUCCCGCAAUGAAAAAGAACAGCGGCUUUUUCUAAUUACUCUACUUGCUUUUCCUAUUUUAAAUCUUUACUUGGCUAUCAAUAUUGAGGUGUUUGCUGAGUCAGCUUUAAUGAAAAAAAUAUUAAGCACCAUCAGACGGAAAAAACAGCCUAAAAAUCCGUAUAACCAGCUGAUUGCUAGUCAGCCUAACAUAUUAAUAUGAAUUUUAAAAUAAUGUUAGCAGUGAAUGCAUUAAUGUUUGAAAUGUUAUUCUGUUUGAUUAUAGGCAAUCUCAAGUUAAAUUUUCACCUAUGUCCUACUUACAUCCUACUGAUUUAUUUUUAUUUUAUUUUUAUAAGAAAUGUUUAAUUAUUAAUUAUUGGAUUAUAAGUAUUUUGAGAGUAAGACAAUACAGUUUUGUAAUUUUAAUUAUUAUUAAUGA